GCCACGGGUGGCGUUCAAAGUGUUCGUGGCUUAACAACUUCGUAUAUGAAACUACAAAUACAAAUGAUGUAUGAGGAAAAAUAUAAAUUUCCCAAAUAACGACAAGUGUUUAGUGUAAUGUUUUUUUUUUUUAAUUUUUAAUUAAAGCUGCGGUGUUUGAAAAAUAUGCAGACAAUUUAUAAAUAAAGUUUUAUGAGUAAUACAGCAAAUGAUUUAAUGAUGAUUUCGUAAUAGUAAAUUUCAAUUUAUGCAAAAGCUGUGACGAUUAAAGAUUCUAAGAAAGGAACGCCGUUUAUACAUAUGCAGUUAGAGCGCUCAGUGAGAAACAAACAAAGUAAACGCUUAACAAUUAACGCAAAAUAAAUAAAAGCAAAAAUACAAUGCAAUUUCGUUGCCCACUGCACGUGUACUUGCAAGCCACAAUAACAAAGUGAAGGGUAUUCGAACGUUAAAGAAUAUGCACUACCCCCUCUGGGCGGCAACCCAAACUAUUAACUAUGGCGAGCAUAUCACCGAGCACAACUAACUCCACUGAUGAGGAUAAGGAGCAUUUGCUUGGAAAUGGUACGAAAACACGUAACAACACAAAUAUGGAUUCAACGCCAAUAACGGCCACACAGCAAGCCGAUACCACUAGAUCGCUGGGAAAGUCUAAGACAAUCGUACAGACAGAGGUACUAUCAUGUGCCGGGCAGCAGCUAAUGAAAAAUGCGGUGUCCUCUUGUUGGCAAAAGUCAAUGCAACAGCUCACGAACACUGGCAAGGCAGGCAGUCCAUCAGCCAAAUAUUUCAAUUGGUCAUAUCGGGUACUACGCCGGAAGCAGCUGCUGCUCCUACUCGCUUUUGUGAUAUUCAUUGUUUACUUGAGUAGUUCGAUGCGCGGAAAUGAUUAUGCGGAUGAGCGCAUUCCCGUCCUGCACUACUCACAUGUGCCUGGCAUGAAGGUCUCCACCAACUCGAUACUAAAUCGCACCAGCACGUCGCGAUUUAACAAAAGUGUUGCUGCAAGGCCUUUACUGACACCACCGGCCGACACUGAGCUACCCUUCUCAGCGACCGUUUCGUCGACUUUUGAAUUGGUUGAGACAUCAACCAUUGACCAAACAACAGACAGCGUAGAGUCAUUCAAUGAUUCUACUUCUCAAAAUUCCUUCUCUAAUGACACAUAUAAAAUAAUGCGACCACCCACAGGUUAUCUUGUUUGGAGUGAAUCCUGUCGAAUACCGGACGUAGACGUGCAUGCGCCGGACAUAAUGCAACACUUCAAACGUGAGAAAUACAAACCCUGCUCGAACAAAAAGCCGCUCACGUCCGUCGCCUUCAAUGCUACUUCACGAGAGUAUGUGCUGCGAAUUGAAGAGAGCGAAAUCAAAUCGUUCAGUAAAUCUGGGCGUAUCCAUUGCUGUUACCAGUCGAUAAUGCGCAAUGGGACUGGAGCGAAAGCAGAUUGUGACUAUAGACUUAGUAAAUGUGUUCCUUUUAAGAAAAGUGUUUCUUUAUCGCCUUCUAUCGAAAGCAUUUUAGUACAAUGUGAUUCUAAUAAGCGAAAUGUGUAUAAAAAUGGCCACCCAUUAAUAAAUGAAAAAGAAAAAGUGCGGGAGCGUUUAAAAACUUGGAAGAAGAAGGAUACUGAGCGUGGCCGUACAAAACCGCCCAGCAUUCUAAUGAUUGGUAUCGAUAGUAUAUCGCGUGUAAAUUUGAUCAGAGCCAUGCCGAAGACAGCGCAGUACCUAUACGACAAUGAUUGGUUCGAAUUAAGUGGCUACAAUAAGAUAGACGAUAAUACAUUCCCAAAUUUUAUGGCUGUACUUGCUGGCUACAAUAAAGACAAUACAGUUACAAAAUGUCCUCCAAGAGUUUUGGGUGCCUUAGACAACUGCAGCUUGAUUUGGAAUGCCUUUCGUGAGCAUGGCUAUGUGACAGGUUACGGUGAAGAUGCAGCAGAUAUUAGCACAUUCAACUACUAUAAGGUGGGAUUUACGAAACCGCCUGUAGACUAUUAUUUACGUCCAUUCCAACUGGCUGCGGAACAUCAUUUACAUAAAACAUAUAAGUCUGGUCUCACCUUUUGCCUCGGCUAUCAGCAGUCUGCACAAUUCGUGUUGGAUUAUGCCAUUGAAUUUGCCGCACGUUUCAAAGACCAACCAUUAUUCGGUUUAUUUUGGGCCAAUUCUUUCAGUCACAACAACUUAAGUGACUGUUCAUCGAUGGAUGUCGUAGUGCUCGACUACUUGGAACGCUUAGCGAGAUUAGGUAUACUCGAACACAUGAUUGUUGUAUUCUUCAGCGAUCACGGUUUACGCUUUGGACCUGCACGCACAACCGCAUCUGGUCAUAUGGAGGAACGUUUGCCAUUCAUCUUUCUUUGGUUGCCACAGUAUCUGAAGCAAAGGUACCCAAGCUUUGUAAAUGCUUUAAGUGUGAAUAAGAAUCGCCUAACCACACCGUAUGAUCUGCAUAUGACCCUCAAGCAUUUCCUUGGCAUGUCCGAGCGUGUUGAAGAUAAAGCCAAGUUUCUAACUCCAGCUGAAGGCUGCCCGAAUUGCCAAACGCUUUUAGAACCAGUGCCUUUGGAUCGUUCUUGUAACGAUGCAGCCAUCGAUGAACACUGGUGCACCUGUAUACCCUACAAUAAGGUGCAUAAAAACUCGAAUAUUAUACAAAAAUUGGGCAAUUCAACGGUUAACUACAUAAAUGAAUUGGUGCGUAACUUUCGGAAUGGCACAGUCGCGUCUCAAUGUCGCGCUUUGCAGCUCCACAAUGUCGUAAGUGCGCACCGCUCAUAUGAGGCUUUCAGACCGAAAGAUGCAAACGGCACUGCAUUGGAUGUGUAUCGUUUACACUUCGUUACAAAACCGAAUAGUGCCGAUUUUGAGGUAACACUGCGCUACAAUCCGGAGACCGAGGCUAUGCAUAUUACAGGUGAAAUAAGUCGUCUGGAUUCGUAUUACAAAGAUUCGCAUUGCAUAUCGGACAGCUUUGUAAAGAAAUAUUGCUCUUGUGCCUAGCGCAAGACCACAUCUUCGGCGACGAACAAUAGCAUAACGAAUAAAGCGCACUGAUCAAUGUGGACCGCCUUCCAACGGGGAGGGGGGUGAAUAUCUCGUUUAAGUUAGGCUUUAAUUAAAAAUGUCACUUAAGUUUCGAAAAAUAUUUGCUUAAGUAUGUAGAGAACUCAUUUCUAUAGUCUCAAUAUAUUACGCUAUGUAAGGAAUUUUCAUUUUACUCGCUUCUAGACUGAGAAUGUAGGUCUUAAAUUUUUCUAGUAAUCAUUACAAUUUCAAAACCAUACUUGUCAAUAUUGCAUCAAUAAGUCAUUGCUAAUUGCGAGGAGGUGGCGUAUUACUUAAAGGAAAGAAAUAAUUUAAUGAACGGGCAGAACAAACUCAUUAAAAUUCAGAAUUCUAGAAAUAAUGUGCUGGCGUGUAGCUAUGAAUUAAAAUCUAAAAUUAUGCUGAUAGUUUUUUUUUUGAAAAUCCUUCAAUCAAGAGACAAAGGACGUAUAAGAUCAGCACGUACACCAAAAACUGCGCGACUUAUUGAUCAAUUGAUACAGUCGUGGUUAGGUCCAUAUGCAUAUAGAUAUAUGAAUAAAUGUACAUACAUAUGUGCUAAAUCACAAAGUUUAACAAUAAUUGCAUACGCUUGCCAAAACUAAUUGUAACUACAAAUGUUUUAAAUGUAACAAUAUACAAUAAAUAAUUUUAUCUUAUAGUAAGUACUACAUAGUUUUAAAUGAUAAUCGAAAUGCUUUAGUGUUAUGCAUACAACAACAAUGUUAUACAUAAGUAUCCUUGAAUAAGUAUAACUUUUUACAAAUGCUAAUAUACUGUGAUUUGUAGUCAAUACUUU